AUGAGAGAAAUCAUCCAUAUUUCAACCGGUCAAUGUGGUAAUCAAAUCGGUGCUGCCUUUUGGGAAACAAUCUGUGGUGAACACGGUUUGGAUUACAACGGUAACUACCAUGGUACUGAUGAUAUUCAAAAAGCUCGUCUAGGUGUUUAUUUCAAUGAAGCCUCUUCUGGUAAAUAUGUCCCAAGAUCCGUCAAUGUCGAUUUAGAACCAGGUACUAUUGAUACCGUUAAGAACUCAGAACUAGGAAACUUGUUUAGACCUGACAACUAUAUUUUCGGCCAAUCUUCAGCAGGUAAUGUUUGGGCUAAAGGUCAUUACACUGAAGGUGCUGAAUUAGUUGAUUCAGUUAUGGAUGUUAUUAGACGUGAAGCUGAAGGGUGUGAUUCUUUGCAAGGUUUCCAAAUCACUCACUCUUUAGGUGGUGGUACUGGUUCUGGUAUGGGUACUUUGUUGAUUUCCAAAAUCAGAGAAGAAUACCCAGAUAGAAUGAUGGCUACUUUCUCUGUUGUCCCCUCUCCAAAGACUUCUGAUACCGUUGUUGAACCUUAUAACGCUACUCUUUCUGUCCACCAAUUGGUUGAAUAUUCUGAUGAAACUUUCUGUAUUGAUAAUGAAGCCUUGUAUGAUAUUUGUCAAAGAACUCUAAAAUUACAACAACCUUCUUACAAUGAUUUGAAUAACUUAGUUUCCAGUGUUAUGUCUGGUGUUACCACUUCUCUACGUUACCCAGGUCAACUAAAUUCUGAUCUAAGAAAGUUGGCUGUUAACUUAGUUCCAUUCCCGCGUUUACAUUUUUUCAUGGUUGGCUAUGCUCCACUAACUGCUAUGGGUUCCCAAUCAUUUAGAUCUUUGACUGUUCCAGAAUUAACUCAACAAAUGUUUGAUCCUAAGAAUAUGAUGGCUGCUUCUGAUCCAAGAAAAGGUAGAUAUUUGACUGUUGCCGCCUUUUUCAGAGGUAAAGUUUCGGUUAAAGAAGUUGAAGAUGAAAUGUUAAAAGUACAAACAAGAAAUUCCUCAUACUUUGUUGAAUGGAUUCCAAAUAACGUACAAACAUCUGUCUGUUCAGUUCCUCCUAAGGGCUUAGAUAUGUCUGCCACUUUUAUUGGUAACUCUACAUCUAUUCAAGAAUUAUUUAGAAGAGUUGGCAGUCAAUUCUCUGUCAUGUUCAAGAGAAAGGCUUUCUUACAUUGGUAUACUACAGAAGGUAUGGAUGAAAUGGAAUUCACAGAAGCUGAAGCUAAUAUGAAUGAUUUAGUUAGUGAAUAUCAACAAUAUCAAGAAGCUACUGUUGGUGAUGAAGACUUAAAUGACGAAGUGUACGAUAAUGAGCCAGAACCUAUUCCACAACAAGAUCAACAAAUGGCAGAAUCUUUUGAAUAA